AUGCCGAGCUUAGGAGGCCUGCUAAAGAAGCGGCGCACGAAGGACUCGCAAACCCUCUCGUCCGAGUUGUCUGGCACCGAUCACCAUUCAGGUCAAGCACAACAACCUCAAGCCGAUUCCCACACCAACGAUCCCAACCAGGACACUGAAGGCGCCUCCAUGCAACCAGACGCCUCAUCACAAGCAUCUCCGCACCACCAGGGCCAGUCCAAUGCCGCCAGCAUUAACAACAUCAUAAAUAGCCCGGCCAAUGCUCAAGGGGAGCACAAGCCGAGCUCCCAGUCGGCCCAGAAUGCCCCGGCCAAUGCCCAGCAGAAGGAGCGCACCACCAAAGGGAAAUACUCCCAAGAGGACUUUCUUCUGCAGCGCACUCUAGGAACUGGGAGCUUCGGUCGCGUGCACCUGGUCCAGUCGAAGCACAACCACCGCUUCUAUGCCAUGAAGGUGCUGAAAAAGGCUCAGGUCGUCAAGAUGAAACAGAUCGAGCACACCAACGACGAGCGUCGCAUGCUCAACCGUGUCCGCCAUCCGUUCCUCGUGACCCUUUGGGGUACCUGGCAAGACUCGCGUAACCUCUACAUGGUGAUGGACUUUGUUGAGGGUGGUGAACUCUUCAGUCUUCUGCGCAAAUCCCAGCGAUUCCCCAACCCAGUCGCCAAAUUCUACGCUGCAGAAGUCACCCUCGCUCUGGAGUACCUGCACCAACAUCAGGUUAUUUAUCGUGAUUUGAAGCCCGAGAAUCUCCUCCUUGAUCGUCAUGGUCAUCUGAAGAUCACCGAUUUUGGCUUUGCUAAGGAGGUCCCGGAUAUUACUUGGACACUAUGCGGAACCCCCGAUUAUCUCGCUCCCGAGGUGGUUUCAUCCAAGGGCUAUAAUAAGUCUGUAGAUUGGUGGUCAUUGGGAAUCCUGAUCUUUGAAAUGCUGUGCGGGUUCACGCCAUUCUGGGACAGCGGAUCUCCUGUCCGGAUCUACGAGAACAUCCUGAAGGGCAAGGUCAAGUACCCACCCUACUUGCACGAUGAUGCCGUCGAUCUGCUGUCACAACUGAUCACCGCGGAUCUCACCAAGCGACUGGGUAACCUGCACGGAGGUCCCGACGACGUUAAGAAUCAUGCGUGGUUUGCCGAGGUCACUUGGGACCGACUGGCCCGCAAGGAUAUCGACGCACCCUAUAUCCCACCGAUCCGUGGUGGCCAGGGCGAUGCCAGCCAGUACGACAAAUAUCCCGAAGAGACGGAGCACUACGGUAACGACGGCGAAGAUGCAUAUGGACAUCUAUUCCCCGACUUCUAA